AUCACUCAUCAUAUUUGGGUUGUUGUUUACUUUGUUACAAGUAUACUCCAAACAUUUUCUGCCGAAUUUGAUGAAACGAUUGGAAUCUGAGCGGAAUUUCUUCCGCAACAUCAGGUCUCACAGUCACGCAACAAAUUCCCAUAUUAAAUCAAAAAGGAACUGUGGCACGGUUACACUUGUUGUAACUUUAGAUUCAGGAGUCAGAUAGAGCAUUUCAUAGUAAACUACAACAAACCUACCUGUCAGGCUGGACCACUCUAAAAUGAAAGCUAUGAGCUCCAUGCCAAGCGUCACAGGUACAGCUUGAAUGGUUAUAUUGUUCACAUAACAUCCAGGUGAGGCAGAGGCUGAAAUCAGAAUAUAGGAGUCUGUGGUUUAGUUUCGGAUAUUUCAGCUGAAGCUAAGAGGGUUAGGACUGGGUGUCAGAGCAGAGAAACAACCUGUCCGUGGAGCAGUAUGACUGGAAUCUAAGAACAAUGUCGGCAGCAAGGAGUGGAAGGGUUAAGACGAGUGAGACGACACGCCAGGGAGGGGACACGUCAAGACACUCCGCGCCUCAGAGAUCAUUUGUAAUAUUUGCCUAAACAGCAUUGGAGGCUGCUGCAGAGAGGUGAAACCAUCAAGGCUGGUGUGUUUCUCGACAGAGGUGCCAAAUAGAGUGACUUUUUGCCAGAGGACUUAAUGAAAUUAUCACUUCAACUAGACUACAGGACGACAUGAGAGGGAACUUGGAGAGUUAGCACUUAUUCCCAGGGACACACCAGGCUGCGGUCAUGUCAAACUCCCAAGAACAAAGUCUGAAUGAGAAUGUCGUCUUCCUGCCGGUGGACGAGUCCUGCCCAGAGUUCCUCCACUCUGAGAGGGAGCGUGAAGCAGUGGAGAGACUCCUGAGCGUAGGACCAGAGGCCUUCUACAGCUGCAUCGGCACUGAGCGCUCUGGCUGCUUCUUAUCUUCAGAGGAGGUCGGCCAGAUAACCAGCUGGGCUCAGAGCUUUCAUCACAGCCAAGCACAAGAGGAGAAUGGAGUGGAGGGAAACUCAGAGACGGAGGGCUUCUGUUCAACAUACUUCCCUAGCCACACAGACCUGCCGGUCCCAGACCUGGAGCUGGGCUGGCCUGACAAAAACCCCUGGGUGACAAAUGGAGGUGUUUCAGUCCACACCAGUCCUCCCGCUCUAGGAGACCCUCCAGUCCGGGAGAUAAUCCGACGCUACUUGCAAAAUUCCCGCCACGUAAUAGCCAUCGUGACAGACAGAUUGACAGACGGUCCCAUCAUCAGCGAUUUACACAACGCUGCCUCCCGGGGUGUCCCUGUAUACAUCAUCCUGAACCAAAGGUCCAUUCAGGAGAAUUUCACAUUCAGCAGGCUCAGACAUCCGUACAUACGGGUCCGAGUCCUUGGAGGAAAAAGCUUCUGUUCAAGAACAGGAAGAAUGGUGGUUGGGGAAAUGAAAGAAAACUUCGUCCUGAUUGAUUUAGAGACAGUGAUUCAUGGCAGCUACAGCCUCACGUGGACUGACGCUCACCUGCACCGACAGCUCAUCACUGUUCUUCGUGGACCAGUUGUUGACUCCUUUGACAGGGAAUUCAGGACUCUGUUUGCUGCUUCUCUCCCAGUCCCUGACACUUGGAGGCUCACAAAUACCCUCGUGAACGUGCCUCAUCAGCUAAAAGACUUUUCAGAGAUCAGGUUCCAAAAACAGCUCUCUCUGGAGCAUGAAGUUGGCCACCCUCCAUCCCCACCUGCAGAUUGCCUCAUGGACUGGGAAGCCAUGGGUGUUGUUAACAGAGACUGCGUCUCCCUCGGCAGCCAUGUUGAUGAGGAAAUUGUAGUCAAGGAAAUGCAACUGCAAAACGACAUGCAAUUUAAUGAUAGAAAGACGCCCGAUAUGGACGGAUUAACUUACAAUGAACACCAGUUUGUGGAAAAGAGAAGGAUCAAUGAAAACACCUCUCCAGAGACGACCACUGCGCCACAUAAAUCAGCUUUCAGCAGCACAGAUCCCGUGAUCCCGCCAACAGACCCAGCAACUAUCGAUAGGAUGAAAAGGGUGGAGCAAAGAAUAGAGCGAGCAGUUUCCAGGCAAAACUCCCAAGAGCAGAGGACUCAUUUACAUGACAGAAAUACAGCCCCAAUGCCAAAACUUUUCCCUGUUAAGAAAAGAGAGCACACACAGAGGGAGCCUAUUUUGGAAGAGCCGGAGAUAAGAGCAGGUGGAGCCCGCUCCAAAGUGGAGAACACACCCUCUUCUAGAAGACCUAUAAUCUUGAGGAUGCCACAGUCUGACAGCUUCAGCUCUCUGAGUGACAUCAUGAAGAGGAUUCAGCAGGGCUCUUCAGGACUGCUCAAGAGACCGACAGAUUCUGUGGAACGGACCCAGUCCAUGAUGGACCUGAGCAAACACAGUAAAGAAGCGCACCAUGAAGAAAAACAGGGGGUUCCGGUGCCGAGGUUUAAAACCAGUUAUGACCCGGAUCAUAUGACGCCCGCUUUAGCCCUGAUGAAGAAGAGAAAUGAUCAGAUCAAAUCAGAGUGGCAGAGAAGUCAAGAGAAAUUCAUGCCCAGGGAGAGGCCUCGCAGCUCCAGCUUUGCUGCUCUGGGUAUGGACUGGAGGAGGCCGAUUACAGAGAAGGAAGAACAACAAAAAUGAAGAGCGAGAAGGCAAAAGGCUGUUGCGAAUAACUUAAUCUGUUACUAAGGAGGGGCAGCUGUCAGUGGUGUACAUGAAGUGUUACUAACUUAAAAUGUAAAUCAAAACAGACCUGGGAAAUAAAAAAUAAUGUUAAUAUGCUAAAUGUAUGCAAGUUGUAUUGUUAUAUUAAUAAUAAUAUCCCACUGAAUCUGAUCAUUAUUUGUUACAGUGUUUGAAAUAAAUGUUUUAACUGACAAAUAGUUCUGUUCCUGCAAUCAAGUAAAUAUGGAUAAGAUAUUGUGGAAGAGUAUCAUGACUGAUAUUUGUGUUAUCGCUGAUUCAAUUAAACUUUGAGCCAGUGGGAGAAGAUGUAUAUUUCCACUGAAUACAACAAAUGAGAGUGAAAGUAGAGAAGGUUGCUGGCAAAUCAAGACAGUCACAAAUGGCAGAGAAUAUGACAUAACGUCAGUUUGAAUCAUAGAGUAGACUACUUAAGAUUCUGAGUGACAUAUUAAACCCAUGCUUGGAUAUGACAAGUUCAGUAUAGAAAUAGAUAAGAGGGAUAUAUCUAAUACCAUAGACACUGAAUUGUUUUUAUUUUUCAACUUUUGUCAUGAUUAUGUGGGCUCAAAAGGUGCAUUUAUAUUUAAAAUGUGUUAAUAGUUUGGAAAUGGGAAGGAUGUAACCUGAUUCAGUCACGGCAAAUCCCCUUGUUUCACUCAUUGUUUGUGAUUAUUUACUUUACUAACAUUAAGACUACCACUGAAGAUAGGAAGAUAAGCAAAAUAAAAAUAUAUAAAAAUAA